AUGGAAGUCUUUGCCAAUGCGAAUAACUGUCUCGAUGGUCUUCCUGCGAAGAUUCGUAAUUAUGUAGAAGAGAAAAUAAAAUUAUGUCAACCGGCUAAUUUCCAUGUAUGUGAUGGAAGUGAGCAGGAAAAUCAACAACUGCUAGAUGCCAUGGAAGCAGCAGGAGUUGUUCGACGUUUAACAAAGUACAAAAAUUGUUACAUUGCAACAACAGAUCCACGUGACGUUGCCCGUGUAGAAUCGCGUACAGUGAUAUGCACAAAAAACAUGAAUGAUAUUAUUUCCACUCCGACUUCUGGUUUUCCAGUUGUAACUGAUCCAAAUUUACCAAAGAAUUUAAAGCAAACACCGUUAGGCAAUUGGAUGGACACAGAUGAAAUGCUGGAGAUUCUUGAAGAACGUUUCAAUGGCUGUAUGCGUGGUCGGACAAUGUACGUAAUUCCAUAUAUGAUGGGUCCAUAUUCAAGUCCAUAUUCCAAAGUUGCAGUGGAAUUAAGUGAUUCACCAUAUGUCGUUGCUUCCAUGCGUAUUAUGACGCGAAUGAGCUCUAAUGUAUUCAAAGAAAUCAAGACUUCAGAUGGAUCGGAUAUUGUCAAAUGUCUUCAUUCGGUUGGUGUCCCAUUACCAACAGAUAAACCAAUAUGCCCGACGUGGCCAUGUAAUCCUGAGCAAACACUGAUAACGCAUUUUCCCGACAGAAAUGAAAUUAUCAGUUUUGGUAGUAAUUAUGGUGGAAAUUCACUGUGUGGAAAGAAAUGCUUAGCAUUGCGCAUUGGAAGCACAUUAGCCAAGAAUGAAGGAUGGUUAGCCGAACAUAUGUUGAUCAUGGGCGUAACGAAUCCUGAAGGUAUGAAGAAAUAUUUUGUUGCUGCUUUCCCAAGUGCUUGUGGAAAAACGAAUUUGGCAAUGUUGCAACCUGUUGGUAUUCCAGGAUAUAAAGUUGAAUGUAUCGGAGAUGAUAUUGCUUGGAUGCAUUUCGAUGAAGAAGGUCGUCUGCGAGCCAUUAAUCCUGAGUUUGGUUUCUUUGGCGUCGCACCUGGCACCAGUAAAUCGACAAAUCCAAUUGCAUUAGAUAUGAUACAUGAAAAUACGAUCUUCACAAAUGUUGCCGAAACGAGUGAUGGUGAAGUCUAUUGGGAAGGCAUUGGAGAAAAUUUUGAUGGUCUUCAUGAGCCAACCAUACGUUCAUGGAAAAAUAAACGAUGGUCAGUCGAUUUAGGUGAGCCAGCUGCUCAUCCAAAUAGUCGAUUCUGUACAACAAUCAAACAAUGCUCUAUCCUUGAUCCUGCGUGGAAUGAUCCUCAGGGUGUACCAAUCGAAGGUAUUAUUUUCGGUGGGCGUCGACCGGCAGGUGUACCACUAGUCUAUGAGUCAUUUGAUUGGCAACACGGCGUUUUCGUGGGUGCCAGCAUGCGAUCGGAAGCUACCGCUGCCGCAGAAUUUAAAGGCAAACAGAUUAUGCACGAUCCAUUUGCAAUGCGUCCAUUCUUUGGAUACAACUUUGGAAGUUAUCUUGCUCAUUGGUUGUCGUUUGGAAAGAAAGAUGGACUUCAGUUGCCACGAAUUUAUCAUGUGAAUUGGUUUCUUCGAGAUCCGGAAACGAACGGUUUUCUUUGGCCAGGUUUCGGAGAAAAUAUUCGCGUAAUUGAUUGGAUAUUUCGACGUUUAACAAACCAAGCAUCAGCACGAGAAACACCCAUUGGUUUAGUACCUGACCAGGCAACUUCGGACGGCAUCCGUGGCGGUGAAGUAAAUCCUGCUCUGUUGGAAGUCUCCAAAGAAUUCUGGUUGAACGAAUGUCAAGCAAUGAAUAAGUACUUCGAAGAAAACGUCAACACAAAUUUACCAGAAGAUAUUCGUACAGAGUUAAACAAUCUUCAGAAGCGUUUAUUACAAAUGUAG